AUGGAUACCAUUACAAAUAAAAUGCCAACAGCGCAAGUACCUUCACACGUUCGAGAUUCUUUUAGACACUUGGUGUUAGCUGAUAAUCAGUUUGAUAGACCUGCAGAAAUUGAUCUGUUGCUUGGAGCAGAGUUAUUUCAUAACAUCUAUGAUGGCCAACGUUUGUCUUUUGGCUCUGACUUGCCAGUAGCUCUUCACAGCGUGUUCGGAUGGGUGAUCAGUGGAAAAUUGGAUCUUUCUUGUCGACCACCAACUUCAACCACCUCUCUCUUCGCUUCUACACUUGCCCUAGACAAUGUAGUCAAGCGUUUCUGGGAAGUUGAAGAACCUCCUAUAGUAAAGAUUGUUAACCCAGAAGACGUGAAGUGUGAAAACAUGCUUUCUGAUCUUGUAAGGCGAAACUCAGAUGGCCGUUAUGUGGUGCCUAUAAUGCUUAAGGAUCCUCCUGAAGAAUUGGGUGAUUCGCAUCAAAUGUCUAUGUCUCGCUUACAUAAUUUGGAAAAGCGACUUAUUCGUCACCAACAGUUGAAAGCUGACUAUGUUCAGUUCAUGCAAGAGUAUUCUGAUUUGGGACACAUGACUUUAGUGGAUUCACCUUCAGGUGCGAAUGGAAACAUCAUACCACAUCAUUGUGUGAUUCGCCCGGAGAGCAGCAGCACAAAACUCCGUGUAGUCUUUGAUGCUAGCGCGAAGACUGGAAAUGGAAAAUCAUUAAAUGACAUUGUUUAUACUGGACCGAAACUACAGAAUGACGUUGUUGAUAUUAUCACAGCACUUCGGCUGGAUGGUAUAGUUUUUACAGCUGACAUAUCUAAGAUGUACAGAAAUAUUGAUCUGCGUCCCGAGGACAGACAAUAUCAACAUAUAUUCUGGAGAGACUCACCGGAAGAGACUGUGAGUGAAUUUGAAUUAAACACUGUGACUUACGGUGUGAGUAGCUCACCUUAUCUGGCUAUUCGUACACUUCAUCAGUUGGCUCAGGAUCAUGGUGAGCAAUGGCCUCGUGCAGCAACUGCAUUGCUCAAAGACACCUUUAUGGAUGAUAUCGUGGUGACAGCUCCGUCGGUGGACGUUGCCUUAGAAAUAAAAGACGAGCUAAUAAACUUACUCGAUUGUGGAAAAUUUGAGCUGCGUAAAUGGAGCAGUAAUUCUCUUGAUUUUCUUUCACAUCUUCCAGCUGAUCAUUGUCAAACACCUAAAGCGUUUUGUGAUAAAGAAAAUCAACGUACACUCAAAAUUCUGGGCAUUCAGUGGGACCCACUCAAUGACAAGUUUACUUACACUCAUUCAGAAAUGAACCCGGCUUGUACCAAGCAGAUUGUUCUCUCGAGUGUGGCAAGAAUUUAUGAUCCACUCGGAUGGCUAACGCCAGUGGUACUAUUGGCCAAGAUGUUUAUACAAGAACUGUGGCGUCUACAACUAGACUGGGACGAACCAGUUUCUACUGAAAUGUUACAGAAAUGGCAAGAUUUCGUACGAGAACUGACAAAUUUAUCUAGUAUCAGUAUACCUCGGCAAGUAGUUCACUCAACUACUGCUAGAUGUGAACUAGUGGGAUUCUGUGAUGGAUCUUCCAAGGCGUAUGGAUGCUGCGUAUAUUUACUUACGUUAGAUGAGCCCAAAACCUCUCAUCUGCUGAUAGCCAAGUCUCGCGUUGCUCCAAUUAAGCCUGUGACUAUUAAUCGCUUGGAAUUACUAGGUGCCGCACUGCUUUCACGCGUCCUCAAGAACAUGUACCAACUACUGGAAAACAAAAUUAACAUCGUUCAGGUUACGGCGUUUACAGAAAGUAACGUUGUGUUGGCAUGGUUGAAUACAGCACCACACAAAUUGAAAAUGUUCGUUGCUCACAGAGUCGUAAAAAUUACGGAUGAUCUCAGUGUUGAUAACUGGAAGCACGUAGCAACGCAUGAUAACCCUGCGGAUUUAUGCAGCCGUGGAUUUCGCUGUUCCCAGCUUGUUUCUCACCAAGUUUGGUGGCAUGGUCCUGCUUGGCUUGUAACUGAGAAAUCGUUGUGGCCCGUGCAAACGGAUAUCAGCCCUCCAGAUAUUGUACCCGAAUUGAAACCGGCGGCUUCUCAUACCUUAACUGCGUCAAAGGACACUAAUAUUGAUGCGAUUAGAGAGCUCGUGAAAAGAUCUUCAUCAUUUUUACGUUCUCAGCGUGUUCUCGCAUGGUGCCUUCGGUUCAUCGGCAACUUGAAAAAGAAAAGGGACGACCGUGAACAUAACACGGAUUUGACUACCACGGAACUUAAGAACUCACUGGUAGUUCUUAUUCAUAAUGAACAGAGACGCCAUUUUUCUAAAGUCCUGGACUCUUUUGCUACCAACUCCAGUUCCAGAUGUAACAAAUCGCUGCUCAAGCUCAGUCCAUUCAUUGAUGAAGCUGGAUUACUGCGUGUGGGGGGGCGUUUGCGUAAUGCGCAGCUUCCAUUAACAGCGAUUCACUCAUUUCUGCUUGUCAUUUGUCGAAGCUAA